UUCUCUGUCUCUCACCCACUGUCUCGCUCCCUGCCACUAGACACUGGAUUGCUCAGCGAUGAACUCUUUUUUGCUCCUGGACAGCUUCAAUGGACAGCCAUGUGAUUUAGAAACUCCAGUUACCACAGCAGCCUGCAGUACGGGGGGGUAAAAGGAGGAGGAGUGGAGCAAAAAUUAAAAAAAGAGCUUUCCUGCUGUUUGGGCUCAGUCUGUGGAAAUAUAGCUUGCUAAGUAGAGGUUUCCAAUCUCAUCUGAGAUUGAUCUGGAGGCCACUGGGGGAGUGGAAACCUGGGACCUAAAAGUACCUUUCCUUUCGUCCCCAACACAGUGGUAGCUUCCAUUCAGAAGUCUCUACGAUUCACACACUGGGUGGCUGCUGAGCCCCGCAGAUAACGGUGAAGGGAAUACUUAGGUGCCAGUUGAUUCAUACCAGGAGGGCUCUUUAUUUUUCUUUGUGGUUCCAGUGUUUUUCCUCCCCGUCUGUCUUUCUUUCCUGCAUGGAAAGACAAGGACGAUGGAUGGAUUCUUGGUAGGAUGGAUCGUUCUGCUGUGGGUAACAGCACUUGCUGAGGGACUGCAGGUCACGGUGCCUGAAAAGAAGAAGGUUGCUAUGCUGUUUCAGCCUGCCCUGCUUCGCUGCCACUUUUCUACUUCCUCCACGCAGCCGGCUGUGGUGCAAUGGAGGUUUAAAUCCUACUGCCAAGACCGCACGGGAGAAGCUUUGGGUCUGGCCACCUCAGGGAUACAAGCGGUGAGCAAAAGGAACCUGGAGUGGGAUCCCUACCUGGACUGCGUGGACAGCAGAAGGACGGUCCGUGUCGUAGCCUCCAAGCAGGGAUCCGCGGUCACAAUAGGGGACUUCUAUAAGGAAAGAGAUGUCACCAUUGUCCAUGAUGCAGACCUCCAUAUUGGGAAGCUGAUGUGGGGAGACAGUGGGCUCUAUUACUGUCUCAUCAUCACCCCUGACGACUUGGAGGGCAAGAAUGAGGAGUCAGUGGAGCUGCUGGUUCUGGGCAGGACAGGGCUGCUUGCUGAUCUCUUGCCCAGUUUUGCUGCGGAGAUUAUGCCAGAGUGGGUGUUUGUGGGCCUGGUGAUCCUGGGGGCUUUCCUGUUUUUUCUCCUGGUUGGGAUCUGCUGGUGCCAGUGCUGCCCACAUAGCUGCUGCUGCUACGUCCGCUGUCCCUGCUGUCCAGAUUCCUGCUGCUGUCCACGGGCAUUGUAUGAAGCGGGCAAGGCUGCAAAAGCUGGAUACCCAUCUGCUGUCACCUCCAUCCCAGGUCCUUACUACAUCCCCACUGUUCCGGGAGCUGGCGUGCCAUCUCCUGUUGUGCUGAUGGAGAAGUCGCAUCCCCCUCCCCUAGCACCAAGUGACUCCAGUGGAGGAAGCCAAAAUGCAGUGCGCAAGGGGUACAGGAUCCAGGCCGACAAGGAGAGGGACUCCAUGAAGGUGUUGUACUACGUCGAGAAAGAACUGGCACAGUUUGACCCAGCCAGGAGGAUGCGAGAGCGAUUAUCUGUUUCUCUCCCCUGUGUCCUGGCAGAUAACAACACCAUCUCUGAACUCAGCUCCCUGCACGAGGACUCGAACUUCCGUCAGCCUUACCGGCAGGUGCGAAGGAAACCCCUCCCUCCUGCGGGGGACCUGGAUGGUGAUGCGGAGUACUGGGCAGGGGUGAUCAGCGGAGGUGGUGCAUCAAGGACACAGGCAGUUUCUGAUUACAGGGAGGAGAGGGACAACUUUAAGCACAGCCAGCAGAGAUCGAAGUCGGAAAUGCUGUCAAGGAAGAACUUCUCUGUGGGUGUGCCGGCCGUCUCCAUGGACGAGCUGGCGGCCUUCGCAGAGUCCUACAGCCAGCGCACCCGCCGGACAGAUGUUGGCCAGGAGCCCAGGCGUUUUGAGAGGUCGGAGUCACGAGGGGGACGCGGCGGGGUGGCACAGCACCAGGACAGUUCCUCGGAGGAGUACUAUGGAAAGCGCAGGGGAAACCGCGAGCCGCUGACAGACUCGGAUCGGGGCUGGUCAUACAGCCCACCCAGGAGACGGGCCCAUGAUGAGAAGCACCUGCCCAGGCUGGUGAGCCGGACGCCUGGAGGGAGUCAGAAGUAUGACCACUCCUACCUCAGCAGCGUUCUAGAGAGGAAGUCCCGGAGCUAUGAGGAGAGUGGCGAACGGAGUGAGACACCCUCGAAGCUGAGCUCGCAGCCCAGCCAGCGAGGGGGAACGUAUUACGCCUGGUCACCGCCGUCCACCUACAAAGCAGGGCAGCAGCAGCAGCAGCAACAGCCGCCAAAGCAAGAGGAAGGAGAAGACACCCUGCCUCCAUACAGCGAGAGGGAGCUGAGCCGGGGCCCUUCGUACAGGACCAGGGAGCAGGCUUACCUCAACGCCUCGGACAAGAAGAGGAAAAAGGAGCCCAAGAAAACAGUGAGGCCGUGUCUGGCGCUCCUGAUCCAAAUGGGAUGAGCGGGGAACACCAGAAUGAUUUCCCAACCAGGAUGUCCCUUGUGGUUUGAUGUUGUCACAGAAGAGUCGUGUUGAUGGGCUGGGUACCAAGAGGUGGCCGUGAGGCUGAGAUACAGAGCCCUGAGCAAACAAGUCCCAAUGAACCUUUGCAGCCACCAGCCAUGGACAUUCUCUUUCAACUGUCUGUUUCACCAUGGGAGUGAAGGCCAUCUGUAGAGGCAGACUCCAACGAAUAGCUCACAUCCCACUUGCUGUGGGAGAGUCCUUCAGGAAAAUCUAUGAUAGGGCUCUCUUUGGAACUCUGUUCCACAUUGCAAGGCAGCUGUCACCAUAUUCUGUGUCCCAAGGGUCCCAAACUGUAAGAGAGGCUGGCUUCUUGCCUCUCACCCCAGAAUGCUUCAUCCCACAUUAGGAUAGACCUUUCUCCAUACUGCUUGCUCUCACUGUUUCCCAUGGCCUAGACUUGGAAGGAAGUUGUCUUCACGCCUCUCGCACUCAGCGCCUUAGGAGCUGGGGACUGCCUCUCACACUCAUCACACCGAGGAGUCUCCAUGUCCCAUCUUUUCCAUGCUGGGAGGAGGCCUCAUUCUAAGAACUGCAGGUUUCCUCAAGAUGGCAAGGCCCCAUCCCCUGAAAGUUCUGAAAGAAAAUCUCUAACAAAAAACCGCUGAGCGUGUCACUAUGCUAAGGGCUGAGCAGGGAGAGAAACAAGCGUGGGUUGGUCUGUUUGAUAUUUUUAGUCCUGUUCAUUCAGUGAUGGGAACUGCGAGUGAGAUUUUAUGUACUGUUUUAAAAGUGGAUCUAAGUAGAUUUUAUUGUAAUGAGAACAUAACAUGGUUCUUCUCACUGUU